AUGUUGUCAGCUCGCUCCGCCACGAGCCUGGUUACCAGGAGCAGGUCCAUCAGCUCUGCAGGAGGCUAUGACUAUGUCAUUGUCGGUGCUGGUUCGGCUGGUGCUGUUGUGGCCCAUCGUCUUGUGAAAGACGCAGGCGCCAAAGUCCUCCUCAUCGAGAACGGUAGCAGCCAUCAGGGUCGAUGGGAUUGGUGGAAGAUCAACAUGCCCGCUGCGCUGACUUUUAAUUUGGCCAACGCCAAGUACAACUGGGACUUCUACACGGUCCCCCAGCGGCACAUGGAUGGCCGACGCUUACACCAGCCGCGCGGUCGAGCUCUGGGCGGGUCCUCGAGCCUCAACGCCAUGGCCUACGUGAGAGGCCACGCCCUUGACUACGAGCGCUGGGCACAGGAAAUCGGUGAGGGUGGUCAUGCCUGGGCCUACAGGAGCAUCCUGCCGUACUAUCGCAAAGCACAGACUCAUCAAGAGGGCGAAUCUUUGUAUCGUGGAGGGUCCGGACCACUUUCUGUGACUCGUCGUAGAACACCGGCUGUGGCGGCCAUCAACGAUGCCUUCAUUGCCGCCGGUGAGCAGGCUGGAUACCCAAGGACCGAAGACAUGAACGGCUUUCAGCAGGAAGGAUUCGGACAAAUGGACAUGACAGUAACGCCCGAUGGCAAGCGGGCAAGUACAUGGGAAUGCUAUCUGAGACCGCUGAUGUAUCCGAAAGACUCAGAGGACGAGGCAGCCGGAAAGCGACUCAAGGUGAUCACGAACCAGAUGGCUGUACGCCUUAUUUGCGAAGGUACCAAGGUGAUUGGGGUGGAAACAAUUCCCUCUCCGAAGCCGAAACGAGGUGGCGGCUUUCACAGUGAUUCCUCUGGAGUUGUGCAGCGCCACUUCGCUCGCGAGGAGGUCAUCCUGUCAGCAGGUGCUGUUGGCUCCCCGCAGCUUCUGAUGACGAGUGGCAUUGGCGACGCCAAGGAGCUUGAGCGUCUAGGACUUCCAGUGCUGCUUGACCAGCCAGCUGUGGGUCAGAAUCUGCAAGAUCACCUUGAAUUCUACGUGCAGUACCUGAGCCGUUACCCGUGCUCGUUGUAUCCUUGGGCCGCAACCUUUCCGGGCCUUGGUGUGGUAUCGAAGUACGCGUACCGUCAACCAUGGCGAGCCAUUCAUGCUGGAGUGCUCUGGUUCAUGGCGGGUGCUGGCAUUGGCUCGUCUAACCAUUUCGAGGUGGGUGGCUUCAUCAGAUCACGGCCUGCCAUGCGCCACCCAGAUCUGCAAUAUCAUUUCAUCCCUGGGAUAGUAACCGGCCAGCUGGACUUCCUUCCAGAGCAUGGCUACCAGGCUCACUGUGGCACAAUGCGUCCGACCAGCCGUGGCACAGUCCAGCUCAGUAGCGGCAACAUUUUGGAUGCACCUCUCAUCGAUCCUAACUUCCUCUCCACAGAGGAAGACCGAAGAGAUAUGCGUGCUGGGCUGCGAUUGACAGUGGAGCUGAUGGAGCAGAGCGCUCUGAGCGAAUUCAAGCUGCGACGUUACGCGCCUGCCGAUCUCGAUUUGGACUCCGAUGAGGCCGUCGAUAGCUGGAUCCGCUCCUCUAGUCACUCAGGAUAUCAUUUGUCGUGCACUUGUGCUAUGGGCAAAGUUGUGGACGCGACGGGCCGGGUUAAAGGUUUGGAAAAGCUGCGCAUCGUGGAUGCAUCCAUAAUGCCAUCCAUGACCAGUGGAAACCUGAAUGCGCCUACGAUCAUGAUGGCAGAGAAGAUCGCAGACGAUAUCUGCGGACGCGACGCGCUUCCACCUGCCGAGGAUGCGAGUUGGUACGUGCCAAGUGACUACGAGUCCCUGCAGCGGUGA